AUGUCAGAAAUCAAAGCUGGAGCAGAGUUUCAUAAUCCACCGCCGCCGGGCAGCACACGCAAUGCCGUUCGGACAGACGCAGCAGGACUUGUGCCUAUUCUGGACGCACAACCGGAAAUCCACAUUUAUACAAAAUCCCAUCCUCUCUUUGCCGACCUCAGUAGGGUCAGGACGGAGAUGACGGAGAUGACGCCCCUGGCCAUUGCGCGGCCGACCAACGAGGCCGAGAUUGCGGCCGUGGUGCGACACUGCAAGUCAAAUGGUAUUGCCGUCGCUAUACGUAGUGGUGGAAACGACAUGGGAGAGCGAUCUCGCAGUAAUGGCGGCGUGGUUAUUGACGUCCGGUCCCUGGACCACAUGGUCAUUGCCGCGAAUCGGCAAUCCGUUCGCCUUGGAGGCGGAGUGAACCUGGGUAGUUUGCAAAAGUUUCUCGACUCCCACGAACUCGAUGCGCCGUGUGGUUGGGGUUACGAAGUCGGAUAUGUGGCCUGGGCUUGUGGUGGCGGGUACGGUCUCGAGUGCGGUACCCGCGGCCUCGGCGUGGAUCAGAUCUUGGGAGGCCGGAUUGUGACAUCUUUGGGAGAAGUACUAGAGGCUGUACCCGGUGAUGAGGGUUGCAACGACCCGGACGCCGACGACAUUUGGUGGGCUCUACGAGGCGCUGGCGCUGGGGUGAUUGGUGUUGUGAGCGAGCUGACGAUCAAGACCUAUCCUAGGCCGCGGGCAAUCGCAGGCUAUGUGUGGUUCCCCCUUUCUGAAGCAGAGACAGUGUUUGGAAAUAUGGAGAAGCUGUAUCAGGAAGAGUUCCCCGACAACUUUGCGGGUGAAGUAUUCGUGAUCAACCCAAUCAACAACGACGGCGGCACGAUCAACCAUUUCUUCUGGUGGCAGCUGAAAGACGACGGGAGUGACUUGGAGCAGGCAAAAGCAUAUCACAAGAGAAUCACUCAAUGCGGAACGGUAAUCCACGACACCGUCAGAGACAAGGAUGGAGACUACAAUGAGACCACGCCUCAUGACUUUCUAUUCUCCAUCUCCAUCCCCAGCCGGGGUUCUGGAAUGAGAAGCAGCACCAUGUCUGCUAACUUUCCAUCAUUUUCAGCCAAGCUCGGCACCAUCCUCGCUCGGCAUCCCUUACCGACAGAGAAAUCCUGUAUCGUAUUACACAAUUGUCACGGGCGCGGCGCUCAAAGAGACCCAACGGCAGCAUUCGGCAACCGAGACCAGCAUAUACUCAUUGGCAUUACGGCACAAUUUGACGAAGCCGAAAAGGAACCCGAGGAGCAGGCUAGACGCUGGCCGGAUAUUGUUUACAACGAACUCCAAGAAGCGGGUCUAUUGACGGGGUGGAAAUACAUCAACUUUAACUCGCCAGAGAAAGGGGACGGCAAAAUGUAUCUUGGGGGCGAGGGCGUCAAGAGAAUGAGACGAAUCAAGGAGAAGUGGGAUCCUACAGGGCUUUUUCAGCGCUGUACUCCAGACCUCGGAACUGAUGACCUAAUGAAUGGUUUUGCUUGA